GUAGUAACUCCGGAGCAGACGACUCAACUCAACAACGCAAAGAUGGCGUGUGACACGUGGUCACCUAUUGCUACAACAUAUGAUCCGCUGAGAGCAGGCAGCAUUGAUACGACCGACAAGGACCCUCAUGAUCGAGGCAUUGUCAGAGCAAUGAAUGCUAAAUAUAAACCUAACAAAGAUGUUAUAGGAAAUCCAGAAAAGACUGUGUUCAUUGCUAGACUUAAUCCAAAGACUACAGAGGAUACGAUUGAGUCAAAGUUUUCAAAGUAUGGGGAUAUUGAAAGAUUAAGAUUGGUGAGAGACUUAGUAACUGGAUAUUCACGAUGUUAUGCUUUUGUAGAGUAUCAGAGUGAAAAGUCUGCAUACAGAGCCAGUAAAGAUGCUGAUAAAACUGAACUUGAAGGCUGUGAAAUUUUUGUAGACUUUGAAUGUGAGAGAAAAGUGAAAGGAUGGAUACCAAGACGUCUGGGUGGUGGACUAGGAGGUAAAAAGGAGUCUGGUCAGCUGAGGUUUGGUGGCAAGGACAGACCCUUCAGAAAACCCCUGGAUAUUGAAAAUAGAUUAAGAUCUGAAUAUUCUGCACGAGAUAGAACAAGAUUCCAUAAUGAUUUCCGUGCAAGAUCAGAAUAUAGACAUGAUGGAAGACGACAAGAUAGAUUUGGGAAAGAUUCUCCUGACAGGUCCUCCACUGGAAAAUACCAGGAAAGGGAAAGACAAAAACAUAGGGACAGGGAUAGUAGUGAUUUUUCUCAGUCUGUGAGGCUAAGUGAGAAUAAGCAAAGCUAUAGUGAUUACAGGGAGAGAAAAGACAGAUUAGUGACUGAAAGGUCUAGAGAGGGUAAAGAUGGGUACCGACGCAUUGAUAGGGAUUAUAGUGACACUAGGGACAGUAAUAGGUCACCAGGUUCUCGAGACAGAGAACGUGAUAGGGAGUAUAGAGCAAGACACAAAAGGAGCAGGUCAAGGAGCAGGUCAAGGAGCAGACACAGAUAAUACUAGUUACCCCUUACAAUACAGCAAUUCAAAAUGACAAACAGUAAGAAGUUGCAAUAUUACUAUGCAAAUUUAAUGUGAUAACAACAUUGUUGUUUACAGAUGUAUUAGAAUAUGUUUACAAAUAAACUUAAAUAUAUAAAUUGUG